AUGACCAACAUUUUAGACAACAUUGGUAACACUCCGCUUGUCCGCAUCAAUCGAAUCACUCAGAAGGAAAAUAUACAAUGUGAAAUCUUGGCAAAAUGUGAAUUUUUUAAUGCUGGUGGAAGUGUGAAGGAUAGAAUUGGACUAAGGAUGGUAGAGGAUGCUGAGGAGAAAGGCAUCUUAAAACCAGGAGAUGUAUUGAUUGAGCCAACAUCUGGAAACACAGGAAUCGGCCUGGCCUUGUCAGCUGCAGUUAAAGGUUAUAGAUGCAUCAUUGUCAUGCCAGAGAAAAUGAGUAUGGAGAAAGUUGAUGUCCUUCGUGCACUGGGUGCUGAAAUUGUCCGCACCCCAACCAGUGCUGCCUUUGAUUCCCCAGAAUCCCACAUUAGUGUUGCCCGCAGACUGAUGGAAGAAAUCCCAAAUGCACAUAUACUUGACCAGUACCGUAAUGCCAUGAAUCCAGUUGCACAUUACGAUGGCACAGCUGAAGAAAUCCUUCGUGAUACAGAUGGUCAUGUGGACAUGAUGAUUAUAUCUGCUGGAACAGGUGGCACCAUGACAGGAAUUGCUCGUAAAAUUAAGGAGAAAUGCCCCAAUUGCAAGAUUAUUGGAGUGGAUCCUGAAGGUUCAAUUAUUGCACAGCCUGACCAUUUAAACAAAACUGAUAAGACCUUCUAUGAAGUUGAAGGUAUUGGAUAUGACUUCAUUCCUACUGUUUGUGAUAGAUCAUUAGUUGACCAGUGGUACAAAACUGUUGAUGUUGAUUCUUUUGCAAUGUCCAGACGUUUGAUAAGGGAAGAAGGUUUUCUCUGUGGUGGGAGUUCAGGUGCAGCUAUGGAUACUGCUAUAAAAGCAGUUAAGGAUUAUGGUUUGAAAGCAGGACAACGUUGUGUGGUAAUCUUACCUGAUUCUAUAAGGAACUAUAUGACUAAAUUUUUGAGUGAUGAUUGGAUGAGUCAACGUGGAUUUCUUCAACUUGAUACCAAUCCAGAAACAAGUAACGAGUGGUGGUCCAAUUUACCAGUAAGUGCUUUGAAGCUAAAUGCACCUUUAACAGUGAUGCCAAAUGUAAACAUUCAAGAAACUUUGGAAUUGCUGAACAAGGAAGGAUUUGAUCAAGUUCCUGUUGUUGAUGAGGAAGGAAAUGUUUUGGGAAUGGUCACUGUUGGGAACAUGAUGGCUAAAGUUGUUCGAAAUAAAGUAAAACCAUCGGAUCCUGUGUCAGAGAUCAUGUACAAACAAUUUAAGCAGAUCCCAAUGAGCACUUCUCUUGGACAUUUGUCACGCAUGUUGGACACUGACCAUUUUGUUCUUGUCGUACAUAAUCAACGACAACAUGUUAACGACAUUCGUGUUGUCAAGAGUAAAGAAGAUAUAGUUGGAAACUCUGGUGGCAUCACAAUGAAGAGUAUGAUUUUUGGCAUUGCAACCCGUGUGGACUUGCUGAAUUUCUUGACAGAAGAAAACCCGUAUGAAGCUGGAGUUGAGAAUAUAGAGUAA